UUAAUAAAUUUAGAAUCAGUGUUUCUCGUGUCAUCGUGUUCAAUUUUAUCAUACAAGAUAUUCAUCUAAAGUUUUUUUUUCUUUUUUUGUUUUAAUAGUUUCGAUCGCCUUAUUAUUUAGUGUUCUGUUCAAGUGAAAUAAUUGAAGAACUUGGUAUCAUUCAUGUGAAUUAAACGGAUGCAGGACGAGUGAUAGGAGCUUGUCACGUAACAAAAGAGAAAGAAAGAAAGAGAGAAAGAGAAAAUCAACAGACGUCUGAUACAGGAAGUAGUGGGCACCCAAGGAUAGACAUUCGUUCCUGGUUCCUUUCUCCCCUCCAUCGUGUCGAUCGCCGCGCUACUCACAGAUUGAGGUGUGGCCAGUGAGGGCAGCCAUUUUCUUGACUUUCUGUCGCUUAAGAUUUCAGAGACGCUGAAAGAAAGACUAAAAACAUGGGAUGCAAUGCGGGCCGAUGCCUCGGUCCAGACGAUACGGGGUACCCUGGAUCAGGAUUCAUGGCAGCCAUUAGGAAGAAGUUAGUUAUCGUGGGGGAUGGUGCUUGUGGUAAAACAUGUUUACUCAUAGUAUUCAGCAAAGAUCAGUUCCCCGAAGUAUAUGUACCUACUGUCUUUGAGAAUUAUGUUGCUGAUAUCGAAGUGGAUGGUAAGCAGGUUGAACUGGCUCUUUGGGACACAGCUGGGCAAGAAGAUUAUGAUAGAUUACGUCCGUUAUCAUAUCCAGACACAGAUGUUAUCUUGAUGUGUUUCUCCAUUGAUAGUCCUGAUUCCCUGGAAAACAUUCCUGAGAAAUGGACACCAGAGGUGAAACAUUUCUGCCCAAAUGUGCCCAUUAUUCUUGUGGGAAAUAAAAAAGACUUGCGCAAUGAUCCCAACACCAUUAAAGAGCUUGGAAAAAUGAAGCAAGAACCAGUUAAGCCAGAAGAAGGAAGAUCCAUGGCUGAAAAAAUCAAUGCCUUUGCAUACCUUGAAUGUUCUGCCAAGAGCAAGGAAGGAGUCAGGGAAGUUUUCGAGACAGCAACUCGAGCUGCGCUUCAAGUUAAGAAGAAGAAGAAGGGAAGAUGUAGGCUUCUUUAAAAUGUAAUGUCAGAUGGGCCCAAAAAGUGGGUGAAAUUAUGGAAUUGCAAAGCUAGCUGCAAUAAAGCUAGUUGUAAUACUGGAGGCCCCCAGUGAAGACCAUAAUAUAAUAACAUCUUUUACCUUUAAUUCUUUUACAUAAUAAUCAAAUCUACAAACAUGUUCACAUUAAAGCCACUGAAUAACAAA